GCUUUGCUGCCAUUACCGCAGUCGAGGGAAUUCCCCGAACUGGCGUGACGUCACCAUACCCAUUUAUGGAAAUGGGGAUUCCUGAAGCUGACUUCCUUCUUGGAAGACUCGACUGCUGAUUUCCCAGUAAAUCAAACAAGUUAGAAGCUUAGAAUCGAUGAUAUACAUGAAAAGGAGGGAUAAACCGUCAAACGAAGCAGUAUCAUACAGAUAUACGACUGACAGGGUUGAUGUCUUUGCUGAUUGAACGAUCAGCUAACUCAGCGCUUUGGAGCACCCAAAUGCCUGUAACGGCAGGUCCGGUGGCAUUGACCGAAUUACAUAAUAUUUUAAUUAGACUUCAACAAAACGAUUAUGUAGGAAAGACUAAACUAAGUACUCAAGAUCGAUGCACGGCGUCUAAUUCUCAGAGUAUGAGCCCACGCUUUGACGAAAGUGCUAGUCGCAAUACAGACUCCCUACCUAAGCCUCCCCCGCGGACGUACAAGGACAUGAAAGCUACGGGUGAAGGGGUCAUGAAACCAGCACCAAAGUCAUAUAAUGGAGAUAGCAUGAGCACAAGUCUUAAAAUACCCGACAAACUGAAAACAGAGAAAGAUUUAGAGAGAAUAUCAAAGACUCUAGAAGCUUUAUACAACUCAUUUUGGUACCACGAAGAUAUGACACGUCAGGAGGCAAAGUCAUUCUUAAAAGACUCCGAAGUGGGAACGUUUCUGGUACGGAAUAGCAGCGAUCCACAUUAUCUAUUUGCACUAAGUGUUAAGACGAAAAGAGGAGCAACGAGCGUUCGUGUGGAGUAUAUUCGUGGUAAAUUCCGUCUUGACUGCGAGGACGCAUUGUUGAAUCAGAUGCCCCGGUUUAACUGCGUCGUAAAGUUAAUUGAAUUCUACAUCAGAUUAAGUGAAAAUGACAACAGACAUCACUGUGUGUGGCUAGAGAGCACGGGGAGGAGAGACGUACCUGUGAAAUUAGUAAAACCAGCAUUUAGUGCCGUACCAAGUCUACAGCAUUUAUGUCGAUUAACAAUUAAUAGAUCAAUGAAUAGGCCAAAACUUGAAGACGGUUUUGUAGACUGCCUCCCAUUACCUACAAGGCUAAAAGCAUUCCUUGGGGAAUAUCCCCAUAAGCAUUAACGUACGGCACAACAGGAAUCCAUAAUCAUGUAUGUUGACUUUCUAAUAUAUGAUAUACCGUUCCAUAUAAUUUAUUCGUGCGAGUCCAGUAUGAGAGGAUUGUUCGUCGAUGUGUACGCUGUGUGAUGUACUAUGUAUGGUGUAUUACCCAUGACUGAUUAGCAGAAUAUAAUAAAUUGCCGGAUAUUAAGCUAGGUUGUGCUUAAGAUAGAUGUCUUCAUCUUUUACGUUAAAAUAGAUCUGUUUAAUUUCAAAAUCAGGAUUCUUAAGGCUACGGAAUUAUAGUAAAACUAUGUCUUUUUGUAUGAAACAAUAACAGGAAUAACUACGUUGUUAUCUUGAAGAAAUUUAAUCGGCUCACUUUUCAAUAAUUUUACUGGUUAUUUGCACAAGAAAAGUCGAUAAUAUGUUAGUUUGCUAGGCUGCAAUUCAAAGAACAUUUCCUGGAAACUUUAAAUGGAGCACUACUCAGAAACGGGAACGUCCCUGGAAUUAACCAUAUCAAAAGAGCGGGAGCUUCAUAUUGAUGCAACUUAGGCCUGGGAAUUUGGGUUUAUUUAAUUGCCAUGAACAAAAUCUACAAGAGAUAUCAGCAGCAUAGCUGAGACUUGUAACACUGACAACCAAUGUGCACCAAAACGUGCCGUUUACUGCACUUGAUUGCAAAUUAGAUAUAUUGCCAUUAUGUCUCCAAUCGGGUCUGUUCCAAGAAUGCAAUUACGACAAUUAUAUGCAGCUCCGGGCAAAUAGAUUCCAGUGAGACGCAUUAGCACGGUGACAGGUGGAUACGAUGGGAAAUCACUCAAGAGCUUGCUUUGGUAGAUUUUUUUGUUUAAACCAUUCACGAUAUCUUGGUCUUCAAUACUUUUUUAUGCUCAGGGCCGGAUUUAUGUGUAAGCAGACUAAGCACGUGUUUGGGGUGUCACGACUAAUUAAGGGGGCUAUUUAUACAUAAAAAGGGAAAAUGUUUAAUAAAAAUUAAGAAAAUUAUAUUUGGAUGACAGGGGAAGAAAAAACAAAAGUAGACAAAGUAGAAGAAUAUUUGAGGGUUUAUAGUAACAGGAUUCUUUUAAAAUAUUGUGUAAUGGGGGGGG